UUCUUUUGUCCUCUGUGUAUCCAAUCCAACCAACUCUCCUCUCUUUGUUUCUUUCUCUCUCUGUGUGAAAAUGGGUGGUUUCGCCAUUGGGGCAAAACUAAUGGUGUUGGUGGUGCUUUCUUUAGUGCAGCAUAUCAAUGGAAAGCAAAUCUCAAAGGGGAAUGGAAUAGGGAGUAGAGGAUGUGAUAUUUUUGAAGGGAGUUGGGUUCUUGAUGAUUCUUAUCCUCUCUAUUCUUCCUCCCAAUGUCCUUUCAUUGAAAAACAGUUUGAUUGUCUUAAAAAUGGUAGACCAGACACUCACUUUCUCAGCUACAGAUGGAACCCUUCUCAUUGCACCAUUCCAAGGUUUGACGGUAGAGAUUUUUUAUCGAAACUGAAAGGGAAAAGCAUAAUGUUUGUAGGAGAUUCAUUGAGUUUAAACCAAUGGCAAUCGCUCACAUGUUUGCUUCAUGUGGCUGUUCCUCAGGCUAACUAUACGUCCGUCAGAAUUGGAGGGCUCUCUAAUUUCACUUUUCCGGAAUUUGAUGUGAAAGUGAUGUUCUCUCGCAAUGCAUUUUUAGUUGACAUUGUAACCACAAGCAAUGGUACUGCUAUUCUCAAACUUGACUCCAUUGAAGGUGGAAAAUUAUGGAAAGAGAUGGAUGUGGUGAUCUUCGAUACUUGGCAUUGGUGGCUUCAUUCAGGAAAAAAGCAACCAUGGAAUUUUGUGCAGGAGGGCAACCUUACUUACCCAGACACGGAUAGAUUGGUACUCUAUGAGAAAGCCUUAAAUACUUGGGCUAAAUGGGUAGAAACUGAUGUAGAUCCCACAAAAACCAUGCUCUUCUUUCAAGGAGUUUCACCAGAUCAUACGAAUGGAACAGAAUGGGGGGAGCCCAAAGCAAAUGCCUGUGAAGGUCAAAAGCAACCAUUCUAUGGGUCAAACUAUCCAGCAGGUCCACAUCCAGCAGAGCUAGUACUGGAGAAAAUAUUGAAAGGAACGUUAAAACCAGUCCAAUUGUUGAAUAUCACAAGCCUUUCGCAGCUGAGGAAAGAUGGGCACCCUGCGGUUUAUGGUCAUGGAGGCCAUAAUGAUAUGGACUGCACCCAUUGGUGUCUAGCUGGUGUUCCUGAUACUUGGAAUCAGCUUCUAUACGCAGCUCUUCUUCCAAUUAGUUAUAACUAGUUUAUUUUUCAUUAUUAUUAUUAUUAUUAUUAUUAUUAUACUUGAAUAAAUUGAAGGAGAAGAUAAGAACAAUGUUUAUAUAUGUACAAAAAUACACAAAUAUAGAUAUAGAAAUGUAUUAAAUGAUAUAAAUUAAUGAUUUAAUACACAAUCAUAGCCAUGAUUUAAGACUUUAACUCAAGUAAUCAUAUAUUUACACAA